AUGUCAUCCGAAUCUUCAAAUAAUGAAAACUCUCUUAAAGUAGAGAAAGAAAUUACUCAAAAGAAUGAUGCAACAGAAUAUCAAAUGGAAAAUGUAAAAUUUGAUGCUAUUCCGGGAAUAGAAGUACUUUAUUCUGAAGAGUCCCCAGAAGCAUUAGUUGAGCCAGAGAAAAAUAAAUGGAAGUAUACUACAGUAUGUAUUAUGUGCUUAAUGGUAGCCUUUGGAGGAUUUAUGACUGGCUGGGAUAUUGGUACAAUUGGUGGAUUUAUGGCACAAACAGAUUUUAUUAGGAGGUUUGGGACUUUAGGUCCCAAUAAUGUUUAUUAUUUGUCAAAAAUAAGAAUGGGGUUAUUAGUGUCAAUUUUUAAUAUCGGAUGUGCUGUUGGAUCUGUUACUUUAGGAAAGUUAGGUGAUAUAUAUGGUCGUAGAUGGGGGUUAAUAUUGGCCACAAUAAUAUUUGUGAUUGGUGUAUUGAUUGAAAUAACUUCUGUUGAUAAAUGGUAUCAAUAUUUUAUUGGGAGAAUUAUUGCAGGGAUAGGAAUGGGCUUAAUAGCAGUAUUGUCACCUAUGCUAAUUUCUGAAGUUGCACCUAAAGAGUUAAGAGGUGCAAUGGUUUCAUGCUAUCAACUAAUGAUUACCUUUGGGAUUUUUUUGGGAAAUUGUUGCAAUUAUGGAACAAAAUCAUAUUCUAAUUCAGCUCAAUGGAGGAUUGGAGUUGGCUUACAAUUUUUAUGGAGUAUCAUUAUGGUAUGUGCAAUGAUGUUCGUUCCUGAAUCUCCAAGAUAUCUCAUUCAAAAGGGUAAAACAGAACAAGCAAAAAUUUCAAUUGCUAGAUCAAAUAAAGUUGAUAUUGAUUCUGUAAUUACCCAAAGAGAAUUCGAGAUAGUUUAUUCCGCUGUGGAAGCAGAGAGAGAAGCGGGUGUUGCAGGUUGGAAGGAAAUUUUUGAAACGAAAAACAAAACUUUUCAACGAGUAUUGAUGGGAAUGGUGGUGCUAGGGUUACAACAAUUAUCUGGUGCUAACUAUUUCUUUUAUUAUGGAUCUACAAUUUUUAAUGCUGUAGGUUUAGAUGAUGCCUUUCAGACCGCCAUUAUUUUCGGUGUUGUUAAUUUUGCUUCAACUUUUGUUGCCCUUUACGUAGUAGAUAAGUUUGGACGUAGAUUGUGUUUAUUGGUUGGUGCUGCUGCUUUAUCAUGUUGUAUGUUAGUCUUUGCUACAAUUGGAGUUACCAGCUUAUAUCCUAAUGGUUGGGAUAGCCCUACAUCUAAAUGGGCUGGUGAUGUGAUGAUUGUUUUCAGUUGUCUCUUCAUAUUUUUUUUUGCAACAUCAUGGGCUCCGAUUCCAUUUGUAAUACUAUCUGAAACAUUUCCCUUGAGAAUCCGCUCCAAAGGUAUGGCACUUGGAACUGUUUCAAACCAACUUUGGAAUUUUAUGGUUGGAUUCUUUACUCCCUGGAUUACAGGCGCUAUUCACUUUUACUACGGCUAUGUGUUUCUCGGUUGUUGUGUCUUUGCAUUCUUUUAUGUGUUCUUUUUUGUUCCUGAAACAAAAGGGCUAGUUUUAGAAGACAUAAAUUUAUUAUGGGAGGAAGGUGUACCUCCAUGGAAAUCUGUAGCAUGGGUUCCACCAUCUCAAAGGGAAGAGUAUUUGUCAGAUAUAAAUUCUGAUGAAGAAGAUAAAUUCAACAUCCCAACAUUAACGAGCUCACAAGAACAGAUAUCUAGUCUCGUAAAAUAA